AUGGCCACUUUCAUACACGAAAACUUCGAGGAUGACACAGAAGACCCGCCCGGCUUCAUGUUCGUUGUCUGCGAUGAGCAGAACGGCAAGGCGCCGAAGCAGUCUAAAGCUCUGCGAAAACGGCAUGUCAUGAGGAAUCAUAAAGCUUCGAUACGGGAUGGAGGAAACCAGCCCGUGGUCAAGCAAGGUCAAGGUUUAGGUCUGAUGUCUUGUCUGGGCCCAGCGAAGAUCAAGGCCAGCAGGACGCCUAGUCGGACGGCGACUUGCAGGCAACAAUACGCGACUAGCGACGUGAGCUCCAUGCUCAUGCCUGCAUCUCCCUACGAAAGUGUACGAGAUGUCGUGCACGUGUGGCAAUGGUUUUUCUAUGAGGACAAGGCCGAUGGCACCAAAGGUUUUGAUGUCGCCAGACAUCACUUUAUCGAGAUGCAGUGGCAUCAAGCUAGGUCUCAUGAAGUUCAUCUUUGCGCUGCAGCCAUGUAUGCAUACCGCAAGGAAGCCCAAAUAGCUGGAGGCAACGCAGCCCGUCAAAAACCCUACUUGCACCAGAAAGGCCAGUUGAUCAAGCAGAUACAAAAACAAGUCGACACCUACGGGGCUGCGAUCGACAGUGGCACCCUAGUUGCAGUAGCUAUUCUUGCCUUCAGCCACUUGCAAGACGCGGAGUUCCAUGCUGCUGGAAUACACAUUCACGUGCUGAGAGCUAUCAAGGCACUGGAGCGGCUAUCUGUUCACCAAUGGCUCAUCAUUGCGUGGCUCGAUCUUCGACUAGCUCUCAACUUGAACCAAUUACCUCUAUUCGAUCUCUACAUCCCGAAGACCUAUCGGGCCUCGAUCCCAGACUGGCAGAUCAAUAAUGGUGCGACGGUGAAGCGAUUGGCGAACGCUUGCACUGUAGCUAGUCCAUCUUGCAGUGAUGCUGAGUUUGGGAAAGCACAGAUCUGUGAUUUGUUUACAAAGCUGUUCCAGUUGUUCUUGGCCUGGCCAUACCUCAAAGAAACACGAGAUCCGCCAUUUGGACACAUUUACGAGCUGGAAUAUCUCAUACGCUUCUACCAUCCGCGGCUUGCCCGACACGAGUCAAGUGAUGGAUCUGAUGCAACAUGCACAGAGCUGCUUUUGCUCACUAUUCAGCUCAAUCUAUGGAUUCUCUGUCGUUUCUGGACUCCAAUACAACAAGCUACGCGCGCAUGCGUGCUCGAGCGAGGUCUCAAAUUGCUCACCAGCAUCCCAGAUAUCCUAAGGCAGUGGAUCGAGAGAGGAAAUGCCGACAUGCACUCGCUACUGUGGGUCGCUGCCACAUUCGCUGCGUGUGAGGCAGCCGAUCGCGGUGCUAUAUCAUCACCCUCAGUUGCUGGACCGGUCAUGAGGAAAGUCAUGGAAGCGAUUCAGAUUGAGCUCGAAGAUCUUCCUCGGGAGCUGAAGAAUUGGCCAUUCAUAGAAGACUGUCAUUUUGGACAACAUGAAAGGCUUUGGAAGUGCUCGCUGAAUGAAGACGAGUCUUUGACGAUCGAAGUCGCCCCGGAUUCGUGGUGGAGCAGUGAGGACCUGGCGAAGUGA